CUUCCCUCAGUGGCAGAAUUAAAGUACCAGUGUCCUGUUGCUGCCGUGCCCUUGUCUGAGCUUUCUGAUUGACUUUUUUUCUCUGCUCAGCUCUCCUCUUUGCUCCGGCAAAUCACCUCAGUUGUUUAUUUAAGUGUGACAUAUUUAUCAAGCCAGAGCCAACAGAUGAGCUGCCAUCCCAAAUUCCACACAAAAUCACUCAGGUACAGCACCAACCAUGGAAAAUGACCAGCCUCCCACCUCGACUGGACAGGACAUCCAGGGGCAGAGCGGGGGUAAACCUGCCCCUGGCUCUCAGACCCCUGCUCCAGCACCCAUGGAGCAACCAAAUGCCUGCCCUGAAGCGGCUGUGUGUGAUAUCUCAGAGGAGCUGAGCCGGCAGCUGGAGGACAUUAUUAAAACCUAUGGGUCUGCUGUAAGCCUAAUGGAGAAGGAAAGUGCCACUACAGGAACUGACAGGCCUGAGAAGGGAGAGCCAGGCAGCAUGGAGGAUGCAGAGUAUGAAGAUGUAAAUGAGGAGAGUGAGAAAGAGAAGCUGGCUCCUGGGGAUGCUUCCAGAGCAAAAGAAGCCAGUGGCAGCAAGGAGCAAAAGCUGGAGAAGAAAAUCCUGAAAGGACUAGGGAAGGAAGCCACCUUACUGAUGCAAAGCUUGAACAAGCUGAAUACUCCAGAGGAGAAGCUGGACCUGUUAUUUAAGAAGUAUGCUGAGCUGCUCGAAGAACAUCGUGCUGAGCAAAAAAAGCUCAAGUACCUGCAGAAGAGGCAGGCCCAGGUCACCAAGGAGAAGGACCAUCUACAGAGUGAGCACAGCCGAGCCAUCCUCGCCCGCAGCAAGCUUGAGAGCCUGUGCCGGGAGCUCCAGAGGCACAACAAAAACCUCAAGGAAGAAACAAUUCAGCGGGCACGGGAGGAAGAUGAGAAGAGGAAAGAAAUAACUAAUCAUUUCCAAGGCACGCUGAGUGAAAUCCAAGCACAGAUCGAGCAGCAAAGUGAGAGGAACAUGAAGCUCUGCCAGGAGAACACAGAGCUUGCAGAGAAGCUGAAAAGCAUCAUCGACCAGUACGAGCUGCGGGAAGAGCACCUUGAUAAAAUAUUUAAGCACAGAGAACUUCAACAGAAACUGGUGGAUGCCAAGUUGGAGCAGUCUCAGGAAAUGAUGAAGGAAGCCGAGGAGCGACAUCAGAAAGAAAAGGAAUAUCUCCUGAACCAAGCUGCAGAAUGGAAGCUCCAGGCCAAAAUGUUAAAGGAGCAAGAGACUGUCCUGCAGGCACAGAUCACUCUCUACUCUGAAAGGUUUGAAGAAUUUCAGAAAACAUUGACCAAAAGCAAUGAAGUGUUUGCCACAUUCAAACAGGAGAUGGAGAAAAUGACAAGGAAAAUGAAGAAGUUGGAAAAGGAUACUGCUACAUGGAAAUCCAGGUUUGAGAACUGUAACAGAGCAUUACUGGACAUGAUUGAAGAGAAAGCCAUGAGGACCAAGGAAUAUGAAUGUUUCGUGCUAAAAAUCCAGAGGCUUGAGAACCUUUGCCGGGCUCUGCAGGAAGAGAGGAAUGAAUUGUACAAAAAAAUAAAGCAAGCACAGUUCCCUGAAGAAGUGAAUGGAAAUGGCAUCUUAGAAGAAGAUGAUGAUGCUGAUAGAAGCCCUUCCUCUUCUGAGCAGGAAAGCAUUGAGCUGCACGCUAAUGAUGAGAGGAUGCUGAAGGAGCUGGCUGAAGCCUUUAGGGUGUCCCACAAGGCAGAGGGGUCCAUCCCAAGCAACAGCAGCAAUCCAGAGGCCAGUGAUGCUCAGACAUGUAAUGCCAUCCUGGUGCCAGAGCUCCCCUCUCCUCUAACCCCACAAUCAGAGGCUGGGAAUCCCUGUGAGAAGCCCAGUAUGAGCACACCAGCGCCCACUGAACACAUGCCAGCAUCCCCUGGAAGCACAUCAGCACCCACUGAAAAUAUUACAACACCCACUGACAACAUGACGAAGCCCACCAAAAGCAUGCUCGUGCUCCCAGAAAGGGCACCAGUACCCACAGAAAGUGCACCAAUACCGCCUGAGAGUGUGCCAGUACCCACUGUGAACAUGCCAAAACCCACUGAAAGCAUGCCAGCAACCCCCAAAAACCUGCCAACACCAGCACAAAACAUGCCCGUUCCCCUUGAGAAUAUGCCAGCACCCACAAUAAGUCCAUCAAAAGCUGCAGAGUGUGUGGAUGACCCAGCAGAACGGUCUGUCCAAGCUCAGUCGUCAGAGCAAAUGGGUGACACAGACAUGGAAGCAGUGGAUUGAAGAUGCUGGUGUGUCCAGCCUUGUCCUCUAAAAACCACAACUCUACUUUGUCCUCUAAAUUGAUACUUUUCUUUUUU